AUGUUCCGAAGUGAAAAAAUGUCAUUAUAUUGUAUAUUAAUGCCCCGAGAAGGGGCAUGGUAUGUCCUAAAUGAACUUGGAGAUUUAGGUAUGGUUCAUUUUGUAGAUUCGGAUAGCGAAAUUCCAUUAUUUAAUCGUCCUUAUUUUAAGCAAAUAAAGCGAUGUGAGGAAUCUUAAUAAAAACUAUAAUGGAUAGAAGAUUAAAUGUAUAAAUUUAAUGAAUUUAAUGAUACAUAUAUAUAUCUAGAUCAAUGCAAAAGCAUAGAAUAAUUUUAAAAAUAUUUAAAAAAUGAAAUAAAAUAAAUAAAUAUUUCAGAUGAAGUUUACUUUUAAACAAUUGAAAAUGAAAUUGAAUAAAGGCAUUUAUAUUUAGAUUAAUUAUUAAAUAAUUAUAAUAAUGUAUUAUACCAUAGAAAUACAUUAAUUUUAUAAAGAUUAACAUUAUAAGAGGCUUAUUAAAUAACUUUUGAUAAAAAUAUAAAAUAAUAAUAAUAAUUAUAACAAUAAUAAUAACCUGAAAAUUUAACUGAUAAAAUAUAAAUUACUUUUCUAGCUGGAGUAAUAAAUUAGGAAGACGAAAAUAGAUUUUAGAAAAUUAUUUUUAGAGCAUCAAAAGGAAAUGUAUGGUCUCAUAUAAAAAAAAUAGAUUAAAACAACUAAAAACAAGGUUUUAAAUUAAUUCCUUUAAAAGGAUUUUAACAUAAAAAGAGCAUUUUUAUAUUAUUAUAUAGUGCUGGAUAUAACAGUUAUUUAGACUUAAAACUUCGUAAAAUAUGUUCAGCAUUUAAUUCUUUUAUUUUUAACAUCAAUACCUUUUCAAUAUCUUAGGAUUUGUUUUCUAUAGAGCAACAAAUAGAAGACUGUAAUCGUACCAUAAACAUCUCCUAGAGCAGUAUUUAUGAUUAUUUUGACUAUUUUUAAAAGAAUAACGGCAUAUGUAGUACCCUAGAAUACUUUAAACUAAUACUAGAUAAAGAAAAAGCAAUUUAAACAAACCUAAACUACCUAAUAUAAAACGGUUAAUCAUUUUACAAAGGCCUAAUAUGGAUAUAAGAAUCGAACGAACAAAACAUAAUCCAGAAAUUCUCAAACUAAAAGCAAUCAAUAAUAUCUUCAGUAUAAUUCCACAGACUAGAAAACUACACAAUUUCCCCUCCAACGAAAUUUAUCUCUAACCAAUUUUUAAAUCCUUUUCAACUAAUUGUAAAUACAUACGGAAUACCCAGAUAUAGGGAAAUAAACCCUGCCUUUUUUACAAUAAUAUCCUUCCCUUUUCUUUUCGGAGUUAUGUUUGGCGAUAUAGGACAUGGCUUUUUGAUUUUCAUUUUAGGCAUUUAUUUAAUGUUCCUUUCCGAAUAAAAAUAAAAGGACAAAAACUCACUAUUAUCAAUUUUAUAUUCGACUAGAUAUAUGAUCACUUUAAUGGGUUUUUUUGCUUUGUUUAAUGGAUUUAUAUAUAAUGAUUUUAUGUCUAUCCCUUUAAAUAUAUUUAACAGUUGUUACUAAAGCCAGGACUCCUUAUAAACCCAAAAAGUGCCUGAUUGUACAUAUAAAGUCGGUAUCGAUCCAGUAUGGAGUAUCUCCUAGAACAAAUUAUAACUUUAAAACUCUUUAAAAAUGAAGACUAGUGUAAUUUUAGGUAUUUCUUAAAUGCUUUUGGGCGUAUUUUUGAAAGGUUUAAAUUCAAUUGAAUAAAUCAAUUUUAUUGAUUUUUUUUUUGAGUUUAUUCCUCAAGUAAUUUUCCUUACUUGUACAUUUGGCUAUAUGGUCUUUCUCAUAAUUCUUAAAUGGAAUUUCGACUUUACUUAAAAUACAAAUAAUGCGCCUUCUAUAUUAAAUUAUAUGCUAAAUAUAGCCUUAUAAACAAAUGGGGUAGGAACAUAACAAGAUUUAUACUAAAAUUAAAAAUACGAUUAAUAAAUUCUAUUUCUAGCGGCUAUUAUUAGUGUUCCUUUUAUGCUUUUUCCAAAGCCUAUAAUCAAUAACUAUUUAAAUCAGCGAAAAAAAUAGAAAAAUGGCUAUAUAUAAUUCGAAAAUGAGGAAAAUAGGAAUAAAGCCGAAAAAUUUCUUGAAUAAAACUUCAAAUUAAAUAUCGAAAAACAUUCUGAACAUUAAUUCAGUGAUGAAUUUGUACAUUAAACUAUAGAAACUAUAGAAUUUGUACUCGGCUCUAUUUCUCAUACUGCUAGUUAUUUGAGAUUAUGGGCACUUUCAUUAGCACAUUCAUAACUAGCGGAGGUUUUCUUCGAUAAAACUUUAAAAAAUAGCCUUAAUGAGGGAAGUACUUUUGGAUUAAUUGUUGGUUUUUUAAUUUUUGCUUUAGUAACUUUUGGUGUACUUAUUUGUAUGGAUGCUAUGGAGUGUUUUUUACAUACUUUAAGACUACAUUGGGUAGAAUUUUAAAGUAAAUUUUAUAAAGCGGACGGAUAUAUAUUUAAACCAUUUUGUUUUAAAAGUAUAUUGGAAGAUUAAUUAGAUAAAAUAUAAAAUUGA